GGCACUCCAUUUUUGAGCCAUGGCCAUACUCGGAUGUAUUGAAAAUGAUGUCACGCAGUCAUGCAUAAAUCAUUCAUGUGCAUGUGCGGAUGGCAGCCUACCAUGAAGAAAAGAAUGGCUGUGGGACAGCCACCAUGCCAGUGGACAAGUAGCAGUUGAUAGCAGUUGUGCGAUGUCUAGGACAAGAGCCAUGCCCUCCUAGACCAUUGCUGGAAGUGAUAUCCUGUAUUGCAUUGUACCAUGCUCCAAUGUUGGUUCACCCAGGGUAUCUUGCCUGCCCGAUCCGAAGUCUCGGUGGCCCAGUCGGUCAGACUACAAACUUGAGGCGCCACCACUCAUGGAGGUCCUUUGCAAUCCAGACUGCCUGUGUGGGUCUCCAGCUGCGGCAUCGCUCGGCUUGGACACGAGUCGCGGCGGAGGCACACGGCCUGGGCUCGAGUCGCUUCCAGCGACGGCAAAAACGCUUUGGGCCUAACCCAGUGCCUGAGCCUCGGCCUCGGUGUCCGCCCUUGACGCCGCCGGAUCUCAAUGGAUACCAAGUCGAUUUGCAGCAGAAAGUGGAUUUGGUCCAAGAUCUCUUGGCGGACUUGAGUGAUGUCACCCUGGAUGUAGUCCCCUCCCCUGAGCUCCUUCACUACCGACAUCGCGUGCGCUUCGGGCUCCGGCAUGGGGAAGAGGAAGCGCUGGACUGGUCGGUGGUCGACCCAGAGUCCGGCGAAUGGAUCGUUGUGAAGGCAUACCCCUUGGCGUCUGUGCGCAUCAAUCGCUUGAUGUCCGAGUUGCGUGAGGCGCUAGCGCAGGAGAAGAGGCUCCGGUGGAAGGCCUUUGAGGUGGAAUUGCUCUCCAACACCAAGGGGGAGGCUUUAGCUUUGAUCAUGUACCACCGACGCCUAGACCCCGAAGACGACCUGCCGCGCGCGCAGGCCUUGGCCAAAGAGUUGGAUGCGAAGGUGGUGCUCCGAGCAAAGGGGCAACGGAUGGCGGGGCGCAACAGCUUCCUGGUGCAGGAGAAUGAGGUGGCAGGGCGGAGGUAUUCGCAACGGCUCUUGGAGAGCAGCUUCUUUCAAGCCAAUCUUCGCUUGAAUCAGCAGAUGCCACUUGGGCAGGGAAUGGUAGGGGUGUUGGUUGAGGCAAACGAGGAGACCUAGGAUAUGAUAUUGUAAGUGAUAUUGUAAUUCUUGUCCACUGUCCACCGUUAUGUUUUUUUUUAA